CCACCACCCUACAACCUUCAUCACACAUCUAUAUAUACUAUUGCAUUCCCUCCCACCCUUCUCAUAACCUCUAAGUCUUUCCGAGUAGUCUUUCCAAGUCCAAGCUGGUAUCUCGAGUUUCACACUUAGGCCUCUGUGUGUAACCACAAGAAAUUUGCAAUGGAUUUUCUUGGAUUCUGCCUUCUGUCCUCUCUGGCAAUCCUGAAAGGUGUUCAAGGCUUUAGUACCGGUGAGUGGUCCGAUGGCCAUGCUACCUUCUAUGGAGGUGAUGAUGCUUCUGGUACAAUGGGAGGAGCUUGUGGGUAUGGAAAUCUCUACAGCCAAGGCUACGGCACAAACACGGCUGCACUGAGCACGGCUCUAUUCAACAAUGGGUUGAGUUGCGGUGCUUGCUUUGAGAUCAAAUGCAUAAACGACGACAAUUGGUGUCUCCCUGGAUCCAUAAUAGUCACGGCAACGAACUUCUGUCCUGCGAACGAUGCUCUCCCUAACAAUGCCGGAGGGUGGUGUAACCCUCCUCUAAGCCACUUCGAUCUUGCUCAGCCUGUCUUUCAACACAUUGCUAUGUUCAAAGCAGGGAUUGUCCCUGUUCAGUACAGAAGAGUUCCGUGCAUGAAGACUGGAGGAAUCAGAUUUACGAUAAAUGGCCAUUCGUUCUUCAACCUCGUACUCAUAACCAAUGUUGGUGGCGCUGGAGAUGUGAUCUCCGUCUCCAUCAAAGGCUCAAACACUGAUUGGCAACUGAUGUCCCGAAACUGGGGGCAAAAUUGGCAAAGCAACGGUUGCCUCGACGGCCAAUCCCUCUCUUUCAAGAUCACCACCAGCGAUGGCAGUUGUCUUACCUCAAACAAUGUGGCCCCUCCAAAUUGGUCUUUUGGACAAACCUUCACGGGAGACCAGUUCUGAUUCUAACUCAUUUCACCCCUCAAAUGAACUAACCAUCCCGAAGUUUAGCUUCACUAGCUCUCACUAUUUAUUGAGCUUUAUAUAUUCCUAUGGUAUAUCGUAUUAGCCCUGUAUAAUCUGUGCAGUGAUCAUGAUCUCAAGAGGGCCCUUUUAUCGACGACCCUGACUGAAUGGCUUAAUCACGUAUUUUCUUCGCUAUUUUUUUCCUUCUGGGUGUUAACAGAAGUAUUGUUUCGGCUAUAUAUUAGUAGCUGCAUCGCCUACACCAACAAAGGGUUGGUGUGAAGGAUCUAUCCAGACCUUUAGCAAAUUUAGAGGAUACUCCAAGGCUAGGUUGUUUCUGGAUGUUUUUCAGACAGAAGAGGUAGAAAGACAGUUUGUCAAGCGUUUCUGGCAGAGCUUGUUUGCAAGGAUUGAAGCUUGUGAUUGCAAUGCUUUUCUUUUGUUUCUCUCACUAAAAACAUGCUAUCCUUCUAUCGAGCUAUUUGUAUGGUAAAUGAUUUCACAAGAAUUGUUAAGCCUCCUCUUGUAAGUUGUACUUCAAGUUGGUAUAUUCCAAGUUGUUCUUCACUUUUUCCAUGAAUAAAUGAAUCCCGAAUAUAUAUUUUCUCUUAAAAGGAAGGAAGGAGUGAAUUAGAUCACCGGCAAGAUAUAUCUCAAUCAAUCUCAAAACCAGGUAAAUUACUCUCCCAAACAGUCAAGUUGAAGGGAAUGACUAACAAAUUGCAAACAAGGGGCAAUCCUAACUUCUCGAUUAUAGAAGGAAUAUAUGCAAAUGCAAACAUUAAGAAUUGUCUUACCUACUGAUGUUAUGUACCUUAUCCCUGGUGACAAUGAACCUCAUCAAAUUUCAAGAUCAGAGAAACUACUUACUUGUCCAAAACAUCAUCCAAGCCACUUGACUGUCAAACUUCCGGCUAAAUGAGAACAAUGAAAAUUUUCCAGCCUUACAUGAACAAAUGUCUCAAUCUUUAAACAGGGACUGAAGCUCACCAAGUACAGGGAGAGACUACAAUGUGAACUAGUUAAGCAUGGAAAACACUAAUCAUUAGUAGGUUUCCAUACGAAGGUUCAAUCCAUUUCCAUUCAUAGAGAAAUCCAAUCUUCAAAGCAAACAAUAACCGAGUUGCCUGAGAAAUGAGAUUCCACCUCUACAACCAGUUCCGUCCACCUUUAUAUAUCGCCAUCAAGGAAUGUAUGGUGAUCUUGUACCCAUAAAAUAAUCGGACUUCAACUUCUUGAAAAGCUAACAAUCUUCAGGGCCUUCACUUCCAUUUGAGACAUGCAAAGUUUCAUCACAAGGAUCAGGGUCGACAUGUAAUGAUUGAUUCCCUCGUGAUGCAUUAAGAGAUCAGCCCAUGAUAUGACUCCGGAGGAAGCAAAAAUAUAGCAGGGACAAACCACAGAAAAAACAGUGUACACAUAGAAGUUCAAGAUGUGCUGCUUUUUGCCAAAGGAAAAUAAUUGAAAGCUCAAAUACCCUUCAUCUCUGUGCUCUUCCCUUGCUUAGGGGUUCCACCCAUUUCAGUGUCAGUUGUCAUUUAUUGCUGUUGCUUCAAAUUGCUAAUUUCUGCAUCAUCGCUCCAGCAUAUUGUCUGAGCAAAAAAUGUACAUAAGGGGGUGCAGAAGAUUUAGCAACAUGGUUAAACAAUUGAGUUCAGAGAGACAAUGUCUAUUUGAGCCCGAUUAAUUCUCAUCGGAUCUCCAAUCUAUGAAGAACUCAUCUUCUCUAGAUAGGGAAAUAACCCUUAGAAAUUCCUCCUCGAGCCACACUCCUAACAACCAUACAACUCAGUACCACCACUUUUGGCCCAAAACUUCAAGGAGGUUACCAUAAUCAUUCAUUGGAUACCGACUUCAUAGAAGCAAAGUUUGCUUAGUAGAUACUAGAUGUUCCCACAAUUUACAAUAGUUUAAAAAUCCUUUACAUUCAUAAAGCCUUCACUAUUGGGGCGUAAAUAGGUUGUGUUGCAAGCACCAACAUUUGUGCUGUCAUGGCUGUUGAGAAAAUUUUUGUACCAAAAAUCAAAGUUGGAAAACAAAGUUUGUCCCAACUAAAUUUGCCAUGCUUCAAACCAAAACACAUAAUUUCAAAUCCAUCAGCCAUAUAUUAAGUUGAAUACAUAACAACAUACAGCCAACCAGAUGCAAAUAUGAGCUUCAUCUGGAAUGGUUAACAUAUCAACUUCAACGAGUUUCCAAUGCUGCUUCCACCCAACGGAGACUGUAUACUGAUUAAAGGAAAUUAACCAAACUUGUGCUUCCACCAAUAAGAUACAAUCUAUGUUUCAGCCCAAAAAAGGCACAUCUAGUCUCCACAUGGACUAUAUUAAGUAACUAGCUCACAUGUUAAUCAUGUGUUCGGGUGGAAUCGGGCCAACUUGUGAACAAAUAGACUAACUCCAAAUGCCUGACCAAAUAAACCUCCAAUAGGAUCAAAAAAACACUGUUGGCAGUGGUAAUUGAACAUACGAACAAUUAAGAGAACCCUCAAAACUACACAUCAGCAUUUAUUCAUCUUUUCCAUGGGACUGUAAGCAGUAGCCGGUAGUGCAUACGUAUUAAGUAUCAGCUUCGGGACCAAAAUAGUACAAUACAAUGUGCUAAGAAAGUAGAAACAUUAAAUCGUAGGAGAAAACCAUAAUGGUACCAUACACCAUACGCUAAGAGAGUACACAUAUUAACACGAAAAUACAACUUAUAAGUUAAAAGAAACACAGUAAACAUUGAAAACCAGAGAAUUCAUAAAACUACAAAGGUAAACAUUAAUGUAAUCAAAAAGUCAAAAAAACCCAAGAAAGCAAUAAAAGAAAAUUGGUUACUUUGCUUAGGGUACAGCCCGCUCAUGAAUCACGGCCCAGUUGUAUGAAUCAAUUCGGGCCAGCUCUGAUGACCACGCGGCAGUCUUAUUUAUUACGAAUAAGUUAAAGCCAUGGCCGGCCCUUUCUUUUCUUAUCUCACCAUCAAAGGGGCUAGCAGGAUGCGCCUGCAAUUACUACGAGAUUAUAUACUUCUCAACCAAAAUACUAAUACGUUAUCACAAAAAUAUACGUAACGCGAAAGAUAACUCUAGUAAGAAACCAAAAAAAAGAAA